AUGUUGAAUUAUGCGGUGGGUCGUGCCAAAAAUCAAAGCAUUGCGAACAAAUGGUUCAUGGAUGUUACGCCGCUUCUCGAGGAGCAGUUUACGCUUGUCGGAGACGAUGGCACAUCCGAGAACUGCCGAGAGGGUCAUAUGCAUAAAGAAACUGAUUCGGUCUACACGAUCUGGUACGAGUUCUGGCCGAUUGUUUGUGAAUACAUGAAUUUAAACCUGCUGCUUUGA